AUGCGUCUAGUCAUUCGAGACAGCCCACAAGAGGCAUCCUAUUACAUCGCAGAGUACAUCAUCAGUCGCAUUGUCGCCUCCAACGCCUCAGAAGAAAAGCCCUUCGUCCUCGGUCUUCCCACCGGAAGCAGUCCAAUCCAUAUAUACAAAGCCCUCAUCGCCGCAUACAAAGCCUCAAGAGUAUCCUUCCGCCAUGUAGUCACUUUCAACAUGGACGAAUACGUCGGUUUACCUCGCGAUCACCCGGAGAGCUAUUAUUCCUUCAUGCACCACAACCUCUUCAAACACAUCGACAUACAAGAAAAGAACAUCCACCUUCUCAAUGGUAACGCACCAGAUCUCUUCAAAGAGUGUCAAGAAUACGAAGAUAAGAUCAAGUCCUUUGGAGGUAUUGAGCUGUUUCUUGGUGGUGUAGGAACAGAUGGCCACAUCGCUUUCAAUGAACCAGGAUCUAGUCUGGCCAGUCGCACGAGGGUAAAAUCUCUUGCGUAUGAGACGAGGAUCGCGAAUGCGCGAUUCUUUGAUGACGAUAUUAAUGCUGUUCCGGAUAUGGCUUUGACAGUUGGUGUACAAACUGUCAUGGACGCUCGAGAAGUAGUCAUCAUCGCGACUGGUGCCUCCAAAGCUUUGGCUUUGCAACAGGCUGUUGAGGGUGGUGUAAGCCAUCUUUGCACAUUAUCUUGUCUCCAACUUCAUGCCAAGAGCAUGGUUGUGGUAGAUGAGGAUGCUACUCUUGAAAUGAAAGUCAAGACUGUUAAUUACUUCAAGGGCGUUGAAAAAACGAUCAAGGAAAAAGAAGUCUUGGGACAACUUCCUCCAUCGCCAGCUCUCUCCGCCGAUGAUAAUGACGAUGGUGACUUGAAGCCUGAUAACAUGGCCUCUCGUAUAUCACCCACUACACGAGUCCGAUCCGUCACUUUUCCCAUCGGCAUGUAA